CUGCUAAGUUGAUUAAAUAAUCAGAUUAGAGGAUUUAUGAUAUGAGGAACAAAAAUUGUCUGUUAUUGAUGAAACCAAAAGGAAGAUAUAAAACCAGUGCGUCUUGAUAAAUAUUACAAUCCAACACCUUACCGUAAAGCUACGAUGUUCGAUGAAAUUACUGAGAAGAGCAUUUCCUGUCAGGCUGCUCUGAAGCUAAGAUGUGGAUAGAGGCCUUGUACACGGGUAAUUUUUUUUUCUCUUUCAGAUUCUUUAAGCUCUUUAUUGGGCUCUUUGAAUUAGGUAGGCAGUUUCAUGGAUAUGUUAUUCGGAAAGUUCAUGACAUGAAACCUGAUUUUUCUGUUUACAAAUGGUUAUUAGAAAUGUAUGACAAGGUUAGGCCUGUAUACACUAAAUUUACAGCAGUGAUUAGUUUGUAUUACCACAAGUAGAAUCUGGGGAGGGUAGAGUGAAAUUUGACCUUACCCUACCUCAUGGAACUAGAGAGACCGCUUGGCUCAAGAAAAGGGCAUAGGGAUAGAAGGAGCCAAACCAGUUGGUGUGGCAUUCUGUGUGCCAUGUGGCCCAUGUCAGCUUGUAGUCACGCUUGCCAAGUAAAUAAAGUACUUUGAUCCUUGUGUGUUGCGAUUGCAGUUCCGUACCCAGUCCCGAGCACUAUAGUUGUUCAAUUGACUUAUUUUAUCAAGCCAGUGUAUGGAAAUUUGUUAUCUCAAAUUAUAAGUACACCACAAAAAGGACACCGAAGGAAAAGUGAUAUGAUCCUUCAUGUGCUAGUGUCUUUCAUAGACAUCAAUCAAAUCAUUUUUACCACAUGUUAUAGGAAGUUUCAAGGUACCAUGAUCAGGUACCAUUCUCUUUCUUCACCUAUAUGAUCUGGAAUGAAGUGCUUCUCAAUAACAAAACUGAUUAGGUAGCUGACCAAUUCUUGCCAUCACGCUCUGGCUUUAGCCUUUGAGUGGCCUUCUGUAUAUACACACAAAUAAUUAAUAAGUCGAACAGUAUAUGUCUAUGUGAUGAUGGGAUGGAACAGAAGUACAAUUUACAAUCUUAGUACCAAUUCCCAAAUUUCUUCAUAUAAAUUCUUUUCAACCAUUUAGGCACUUAUGAUUAAUGAUAAUUCUCCCAUAUAUUUCGGAUCAAGUUAUAGACCUCAGGUAAGAAACGCUUGGAAUUGGAAAUUAUGGUCAUUUUAAAAAAAUAUUUACAACAAAACUGCAUUACCAUUUACAAAUUUUUCAGGGAUGUGUAUCUAGACAUAAAUAAUAACAUGGCACAACUCUUGUUUAGCAAUUGAUUUUGAGAGAUACCUUGUCCCAAGCUCAAAAAGAAGGUAGAUCCGUUGUCCUUGAUCUAAGGCCUAAUGAUAACUUAUGUUUCAAGUCUGAACAAAGCUAGGAAGCACUUAGCUUCUCUCACAUCACUGCUGUUUCUGGAUAGUAACUGAUAAAUUUUCAUGUCUCCCAGUAUGGUGCUUACUAUAAAUCAAACAGCAAUAUAUGUCCAGAGUUACCUUUUAUCCGAGUGGUCCACUCCAGGCAUAACUAAGCUCCAGGUCAUAUCUUAUUAAAAAUUCUACGCCUUGUUCCAAGUUUCAAGUAAGGUAGGGCCUAUUGCACUUGAUUAAUAUUAAAAUCUAAUACUUGGAGGGAAAAAGCAUGUGAUACUUCAGUGACAUUGUCUUCUGCUGGGCCCACAGAUACCUAUUCAACACAUAUUGUAUGAGUUGCCAUUGUCUAUAUAAACAUAUUCAAAGAGGUAUCUACCACCACAGCUCUCAGCAAACUUGAAAGUAUUCAAAGUAUUCUCUGCUUUUGAGUUCAAGUAUCAUCUAUAACUAAAAGAUUAUGGCUAUUCUUGGAAUGAUCAAGAAGUCUUCCACAACUAAAGAUGUUCCCAAGGGUCACUUUGUUGUAUAUGUCGGGGAGACGCAAAAGAAGAGAUUUGUAGUCCCCAUAUCAUUCCUGAAUGAACCGUUAUUUCAACACUUGCUUAGUCAAGUUGAGGAAGAAUUUGGCUUCAACCAUCCAAUGGGUGGUGUGACUAUUCCCUGCAGUGAGGAUUUUUUCAUUGAUCUCACAUCACGCUUGAGGAAGUAAAAAGGAAACCAGUCCCCAUUUUUGCUCAAUUUUGUAUAGUUGUAAAGCAGGAUUAUCUCCACCCUGUACAGUUUCAGAGUUAGAAAAUACACUAGGUAGAACAUAGCGAAUGGAUGUCAUUUGACUAAAGAAUUUUUUCUACUUCAAAAAGAAUUGAAGUACUGAACCGUUUCACUUCUAUGGUUCCAUUCUAGUCCAUAUAUUGAUGUAAUGAAUUCAUUGCAAUAGAAAAUUUUUGGUCAACUCUCAUGGUUUGCUAAUCUGAAUGAGCUAGAAUCUGAUCUUCGAAGGUGGCAUAACCCAUAAUUGAUGAUAUUAUGGUCAUGCCAUCUUUAGUAAAAUGAUAGUUGGUAAACGUUAGUACAUUACUAUUCUCUACCAUUUGGAAACGGUUCUCAGAAUAUGUUGAAAUAACAUGGAUUAUCCUAAUCUGGAAAGUUGAUCCAAAUGGCUCAAGUAUGAGGGACCAAACAAAUAAUUAGUCGGAUAAUUCAGUAAAUUUAUCUUCAAUCGUACUGUUGUAGAAGUCCAACUCUCAAAUAAUCCAUUUAUGAAUCAGAUAACCAGUUGGAACUA